AUGUCAGAGAGAAAUAAAGAACUAGCUGUUGUUAAUGGUUAUAAACAUAGAUUUGUUGGUGUUCGCAAAUGCGAUCAACUUUUAAAGUGGUGCUGCUUUUCUGACAAAAAUUUCACCACGUUUAUUUUUUCAAAUUCAGAAAAAAAAAUAGUUAUUGACUCAAAAGGUGAACAUAAUCAUCCGGCUGACACUCCUAAUAAAAUAGAAAAACAAGUACUCAGAGAAAAUUGUAAGCGACGAGCAGAGGAAUCAGUUUCUAGUAAACCUAUCAAAAUUAUUCGUACAGAGUUACUCUAA